CCUAGAUGAGAGAAAGGGAUCCAGAAAAGUCUCAGUAUAAAUUCCAACGCUUCCAUUCAACCCUGCCUCCCAAAACCCUAGAGGAAGUAGCAAUUCCGCAGAGGAACACUCCUUCGCCAAACCAGAAAAUGGCCGCCGCCGCCGCCCGUCCCCUCGUCUCCGUCCAAGCCCUACCUUCAAUGAACGAUAUGGCCGCCGAUUCUCCGGCCACCGUUCCUCUACCCGACGUCAUGAGGGCCUCUAUCAGACCCGACGUCGUGAACUUUGUUCACUCUAACAUGUCGAAGAACAGCCGGCAACCCUACGCCGUCUCCAAGAAGGCCGGCCACCAGACCUCCGCCGAGUCCUGGGGUACCGGCCGUGCUGUCUCUCGUAUCCCCCGUGUUCCCGGUGGAGGAACUCACCGCGCCGGUCAGGGAGCCUUCGGAAACAUGUGUCGAGGCGGUCGCAUGUUCGCUCCGACCAAGAUCUGGCGCCGCUGGCACCGGAGGAUCAACGUCAACCAGAAGAGGUACGCCGUCGUUUCCGCCAUCGCCGCCUCCGCUAUCCCUUCUCUGGUGAUGGCUCGCGGCCACCGGAUCGACACUGUCCCCGAGCUGCCCCUGGUCAUUAACGACUCUGCCGAGGGGGUCGAGAAGACAUCCACCGCCAUCAAGCUGCUGAAGGAGAUCGGAGCUUAUGCCGAUGCUGAGAAGGCGAAGGACAGCGUGGGGAUUCGUCCUGGAAAAGGUAAGAUGAGGAACAGGAGGUAUAUUUCUCGCAAGGGACCUUUGGUUGUGUAUGGAACUGAAGGCGCUAAGCUGGUGAAGGCCUUCCGCAACAUUCCUGGGGUGGAGGUGGCCAAUGUCGAUCGUCUGAAUCUUUUGAAGCUUGCCCCUGGUGGCCACUUGGGUCGAUUUGUCAUCUGGACUAAGUCGGCUUUUGAGAAGCUUGACUCCAUCUACGGCUCCUUCGACAAGCCUGCUGAGAAGAAGAAUGGUUAUGUGCUGCCUAGGGCUAAGAUGGUGAAUGCUGAUUUGGCUAGGAUUAUCAACUCUGAUGAGGUUCAGUCUGUGGUGAAGCCCAUCAAGAAGGAAGUUAAGAGAGCACCAUUGAAGAAGAAUCCUUUGAAGAACUUGAAUGUGAUGCUCAAGUUGAACCCGUAUGCCAAGACCGCUAGGAGGAUGUCCUUAUUGGCUGAGGCCCAACGCGUGAAGGCCAAGAAGGAGAAGCUCGACAAGAAGAGGACUCCCAUCAGCAAGGAGGAGGCGUCUGCUAUCAAGGCUGCUGGGAAGGCCUGGUACCAAACGAUGAUUUCGGAGAGUGAUUACACCGAGUUCGAGAUCUUCUCGAAAUGGCUCGGUGUGUCCCAGUAAAUUUGGGGUAGUUUGUUUGUUUGAGUUGUGCUUUAUCCGUUGUCUACCAGUUUUGUUUAUUGGAUGGAUGUUAGGGAUUUUGAUUUUGGACGUGAAUGGCAAAGUUGUUCCUUAUUGCGGAUUAUUACUAUUAUAUACUUUACUAUUAGGCAAUAUGCACCUUCAUAGC